AUGGCCACCAACAUGCGUGGACUAACGCAAUUCAUUGCGGAUAUACGAGGAGCUCGAGUGCGUGAACUGGAAGAGAAGAGAAUCAACAAGGAAAUGGCAAAUAUAAGGAAGAAAUUCAAAGAUGGCAAUCUCGAUGGGUACCAGAAGAAGAAAUAUGUCGCCAAGGUCAUCUUCACCUACAUACUCGGCUACAAGGUCGACGUCGGACAUAUGGAAGCUGUCAACCUGAUAUCUAGCCCCAAGUACAGCGAGAAGCAGAUUGGCUAUCUCGCGGUAACACUGCUAAUGCACGAGAACUCGGACUUCCUUCGUCUCGUCGUCAACUCAAUCCGCAAGGACCUCAAUGACAACAACGAGAUCCACAACUGUCUAGCCCUCCACGCCAUCGCUAAUGUCGGUGGAACGGAGAUGGCGGAGGCACUAGCGGAAGACGUCCAUCGCCUGCUUAUUUCUCCAACAUCACCAAACUUUGUGAGAAAGAAAGCUGCAUUGACAUUGCUGAGGCUAUACCGAAAACACCCAGACGUCAUACCCGCUGCUGAAUGGGCCCUGCGUAUAAUAUCGCUCAUGGACGAUCUGGAUCUUGGUGUAGUCAUCUGUGUGACGAGUCUUGUCAUGGCUAUGGCACAAGAUCAUCUUGAUGCCUACGCCGUGUCGUAUCAGAAAGCGGUGGAUAGGCUACGUCGACUUAUUAUCGAGCAUGAAUACGCCUCUACGUACUCAUACUAUAAGGUUCCGUCGCCUUGGCUACAAGUCAAGCUACUGAGGUUGCUACAGUACUAUCCCCCAACAGAGGACCCGACCUUGCGCGGCAUCAUGCACGAGGUUCUGCAGACCAUCAUGAACAACUGUGCCGAGCCCUCGAGGAACGUGCAACACAACAAUGCCCAGCACGCGGUCCUCUUUGAGGCCAUCAGUCUCGCCAUCCACCUCGACACUAACUCGCCUCUCGUGACCACUGCUGCUGUCUUGCUUGCGCGCUUCAUCAGCUCCAAGGAGACGAACGUGCGCUACCUCGGGCUUGACACAAUGGCGCACCUCGCCGCACGCACAGAGAACCUCGACGCGAUCAAGAAGCACCAGGGCACGAUCAUCCUCUCACUGCGCGACAAGGACAUCUCCGUGCGCCGGCGCGCGCUCGACUUGCUCUACAGCAUGUGCGACACAGACAACUCGGAGCUCAUCGUUGGCGAGCUCCUGCGCUACCUCAAGAUCGCGGACUAUGGCUUGCGCGAGGAGAUGGUGCUCAAGAUCGCGAUUUUGACGGAAAAGUACGCGGGCACGUACAAGUGGUACGUCGACACGAUCCUCGAGCUGCUCAGCGCGGCGGGGGACCAUGUCGGCGAAGAGGUUUGGUACCGUGUCGUGCAGAUCGUUACGAACACGGAGGACUUGCAGGCGUAUGCGGCCAAAGUCCUGUUUGAGUACCUCAAGUCGCCUGCAUCUCACGAGAGCCUCGUCAAAGUCGGUGGUUACAUUCUCGGAGAAUACGGGCAUAUGAUUGCAAACGACCCGGGCUACAGCCCGCUUGACCAGUUCUAUGUUCUGCAUUCGAAGUCUCAGUUUUGCAUGGCGCCCACCCGUGCGCUACUCCUGUCGACGUACAUCAAGUGGGUCAAUGUCUUUCCCGAGAUCAAACCGCAACUGCUCAAUGUAUUCGAGCGCUAUCGCCACGUCCUCGACGUCGACCUGCAACAACGCGCUUGCGAGUUCUACGCCCUCGCGUCCCGGGCGGACGACGACGAACUGCUGCAGAAUAUCUGCGAGGAGAUUCCGCCCUUCCCGCCGCGCGAGAGUGCCUUGAUCGGGCGCUUGAAGACAAAGCAUCCCGACAAGGACAAAGAUGUCGUUCUCGAGCGCGACGGAACGAGGAAAACGACCAGGAGGCCGACGUUCGCGGAACCAAACGGCAACGCCGCCGCCGCGGCAAAUGGCGGGAACGACAUCACGAGCUCGCUGCUUGGGCUCGAGAUCUCUUCGUCGCCCACAACGGCGCCGUCGUCCUCGUUCGCUGACCUUGCCUCGCUGCCGUCAUCGGCGCUCGCUGCGAAGGGCAUCCCGCGACUGACCGUGGGCCCGAACGUCGACCGGUGGUUCGACAAGCUGCUAUACAGCACCGAUGGUGUGCUGUACGAGGACGUGCAGAUCCAGAUCGGCAUCAAGUCGCGGUACCACGGUCACCUGGGCCAGGUCGCGGUGUACAUCGGCAACAAGGUCUCUGCGCCGCUCACGUCGUUCACCGCGACGCUGCACGUCGAGGAGCCGGACGCGCUCACGGCGACGUUUGCGAAGAUCGCGCCGAGCAUGAUCGCCGCGCGCACGCAGACGCAGCAGCUGGUGCAUGUCGAGUGCAAGAAGCCGUUCACGAAGCCGCCCAUCCUGAGCGUGUCGUUCCUCGCGGGCGCGCACCAGGCGCUCGCGGUGAGGCUUCCCAUCGUGCUGACCAAAUUUGUUGAGCAUGUCAAGCUGGGCCCUGCAGACUUCUUCGAGCGCUGGAAGCUCAUCGGCGGUCCUCCGCGGGAAGCGCAGAGUAUCUUCCCGAUCGAUCUGGACGAUACGGGGCACAUCGACCGCGAUCGACAGCGGCAGGUCGUGUCCGGUUUCUCGAUGAACAUCCUGGACGGCAUCGACCCUAACCCAGUCAAUAUCGUAGCCGCAGGCAUUCUUCACAUGUCGACUGACGGCAAGGUUGGAUGUCUCAUGAGGUUGGAGCCCAACCGAGAAGCAAAGCUCAGCCGGAUAACCGUACGAAGUACAUCCGAGGACGUCGCUGCGGAGGUGGAGAGGUUGAUACGAAGACCCCUCGGCGCGAACUCGCAAUCAUGACAUUUCUACUAGUGGUACACUUUGCCUACGAACGAUUCUCAGAGCUACAUAGCGCGUGUAUGAUAUGCUGGCAGCCAAUAAUUAUAUCGCAAUAAUAGUAAAAAAA